AUGAGGACGAGGAAACCUCCGUGCCCGGUCGAAAAAGUGUGGGUAGACAAACACAAGUACGACGAAGCCGAGAGGCUGCACUACGAGCGAGAAGCGAUGCUGGCCGCCGCCGCCGCUCCCCCCGAGGAGUGCCCGGAGGUGGAGGCUGUCAACGGAGUCUGCAACGACGACUCCGUCGAGGGUGGUGAGCUCAAGGGCGACCUGAAAAGAGGGAGGAACGGGAAGAAGCAGAGGAAGAGGAAGCGCUCUCCGAAACCCAAAAGCGCGGCCUCCAAGGCGGACUCGGUCCCGAGCGCUUUGUCCGCCGAGCACGCGUGGCUUGAGAAGCCCUCCUGCGAUCACGCCGAGAACUUGCCCAGGAAAAAAAUGGUGGAUCCUCAGAGCCAGGAGGCGGCUGAGACCGAGCUAGCCGCUGAGCAGCCCGCACCUAAAGCUGCCCAAGAGCUUCCCAAGCCGCUGGUGCUCUCGGCAGCCCUGCCCUGCUCCCAUGGCAGUCUGAGCGCCUGUCACCACGUCGUUCAGGGUGUCUGGGUCAACAAGUCUGACUUCGAGAAGGCCGAGAAGGCGUUCGUCGAGAGGUCUCGCUUCUUUGCUCCUCCAAACGUCCUCGCCAUUCCCUCCGCCGUGCCCAGCGCUGAGACCCUCGGGCUGAGAACGCCGGAUGAAGGCUACGGCACAGCCCUGCCUACUCCCGCUACGCCCGGCUUGGCUCCGGACGUCGGCGGCUCCGCUCCCCUCGUCGCCGCCUUGCCUGACUCCCUCCACCAGCCGGUGAACGGCAAGCCGCAGGCUUCGAGCUUGCAGGCUCUGGUCUCAGAGGUGUGGUUGGAGAAACCGCUCUACGACGGUGCUGAGAAGAGCUUCUACGAGAACAUGUUCGACGGUCCCCCGGCCGAAAAAGGCCACCAGCAGCACCGCGACUGCCCCGAAGCCUCGAAGAACCCCCAGGAGGACGGGAAGAACCCCGGUGCCGGGAAAAAAGAGGGCGCCGAGCACACGGAGCCCGCCAGCUCUCCGCCUCCCGGCGGUGCCGAGCACCUCCCGCCUCCCUUCUUCUUCCUGCACGAGGACAGCGAGGCCGUGUGGCUCAGCAAGCCGACGUACGACCGCGCCGAGUCGCGAUUCUACGCGGCCGAGGCUCUGAAAGCGUCAAGAGCGGGAGAAAGAGUGGAGACGCCCGACCCCCCAGGAGUAAAACCCUCCCGGCCAGCUGCCAAACCUUCGAGCGCACCCGCUCCGGAAACGAAAAAAAUGGCAGUCGAGUUCCUCGCCCACGAGAGGAUCUGGUUCGAGAAGUUCAAGUAUGACGAGGCCGAGCGAAGGUACUACGAGCAGAUGAACGGGCCGGCGGGCGGCUCCUCGCAGCAGCAGCAGGAGAACGGAGCCAGCACGAUCCUCCGCGACAUUGCCAGAGCCAGGGAGAAUAUCCAGAAAUCGCUGGCCGGAAGCGCGAGCACCGCCUCCUCGGGGCCCGGCGACCAAAAUGAACUUCUUUCCAGAAUUUCUCACCUGGAGGUAGAAAACCAAAACCUUCGCAGCGUUGUUGCCGACCUUCAGAUGGCCAUCUUCAAGUUGGAAAGCCGCCUGAAUGCGCUGGAAAAAUCUACCUCCCACCAGCCCUCCCCAGUUCCACCGACCCAGAAAGUGGAACCGUUCAGCGUUCCCUCCAAGAAAGUGGAGCUGCCGUCCGCUUCACCUGCGAAGAAAGCUGAGCCAGCUGCUGCGGAGGAAGAUGACGACGACGACAUCGACCUUUUUGGCAGUGAUGAUGAAGAGGAAGACCAAGAGGCUGCCAAAGUCCGGGAAGAGAGGCUGCGUCAGUACGCCGAGAAGAAGGCCAAGAAGCCAGGUCUUAUUGCCAAGUCUUCCAUCCUUCUGGACGUGAAGCCGUGGGACGACGAGACUGACAUGGCGAAGAUGGAGGAGUGCGUCCGGUCCGUCCAGAUGGACGGGCUCGUGUGGGGAGCCUCCAAGCUGGUCCCGGUAGGCUACGGUAUUAAGAAGCUCCAGAUCCAGUGCGUCGUGGAGGACGACAAAGUCGGGACUGACAUCCUGGAGGAGGAGAUCACCAAGUUUGAAGACUACGUGCAGAGCGUGGACAUUGCUGCUUUCAACAAGAUCUAGAAGCAAACCUGUAUCCUCUCUGAAACUGUAACUAAAUAAAGAUCAAGGAAUGCAGA